CCCGACACAUUGACAACUCAUUCUCGCCAUGCACGCAUCGCUCAUUCGUCGUCAAUUGGGGGGUAUCGUUCCUCCCAAGAUUGCUACUCCGUCACUUUUGACGUCGGGCUCCGGUUCAAGCCUCACGCCUCUGGUCAACUUCUACUCAAAACUGCCCAAGGGUCCAGCAUCUGCUGUUUCUGGUGGUGGGAUUAAGGCUAGAUUCUUCAACGGCAAGAACGCGUCCGCCGCCCCACUCGUUUGGACGAUCUUGGGUCUCUUCACUUUCGGAUACACCAUCGACUACCAGAUGCAUCUGAAACAUCACAAGAACCACGCCCACUAAUCGCGUGCAUGGAAGUAAGGGGAUAUUGCCACAGAACUUGCUGUAUGCACAGGAAAUAGACCAUCAUUUUUCUCAAUGCGCAUCGAGUAAACAGUACACCCUCUGUGUGGACCUGACCAUAUUUAACGCAUUGGUGUUGUGAAAGGUACCGCUGGUGAGUAGAACAAGUAGUCGACUAUAUUCAGAAUAUCUCCUCAACUUUCUAGUAGUCUCAGCGCUAAGGGGAUAAUCACAUUAUCCUUGUUAUUUGUGUGC